UCACAAUAGUAUGACAGGUCUGUUUGGUUUGACCAGUAUGCACUGCUCUUAUUCCUGCUGCAUUGCUGUUUAUAAGGGAGUACAGUCCUCUCUCUCCCACUCUUUCUGCUGUCUUUGAGGACUGAACGUGUGCUGUAUGAUAUCUCCUACACAAUCGUCAUAUACGUAUAUUUAUAGAGGUAACAUUGACAAUAUCAUAUUCUGUGAUGUUGCUGUUCUUGCUUGUGUUGGUGGGUCUACUAUUCCUGUACAGAUGGUACAGGCAGAGUCAGAUAUUGGAGAAUCUCUCGGAUAAAUAUGUCUUCAUUACUGGAUGUGACACUGGAUUUGGAAACCUGCUGGCCAAGCAACUGGACAAACGUGGAAUGAAGGUCCUGGCAUCUUGCUUAACAAAUGAAGGGGCUGAAAACCUGAAGAAGGAGACAUCAAGUAGACUACAGACAGUAAUUUUAGAUAUUACACAGAGUCAGAGUGUGAGUUCAGCUGCCAAGUUGGCCACUAAUAUUGUUGGAGAUGAAGGUUUAUGGGGCCUUGUGAACAAUGCUGGUAGUGGAUUGUCAUUGGCUCCUAAUUCGUGGCAAACAAAAGAAGAUUUUGCUAAGGUGCUGGAUGUAAAUUUACUGGGUCCUUUUGAUUUGACAGUGAACUUGUUGCCUCUUCUCAUAAAAGCAAGAGGACGAAUUGUUAAUGUUUCUAGUUGUGCUGCGAGACUGUCCAUCACUGGAGGAGGAUAUGGUCCAUCUAAGUUUGGAGUUGAAGCAUUAUCUGACAGUCUCAGAAGGGAGCUUCAUGACUUUGGAGUGAAGGUUUCAAUAAUCGAACCCGGUGCUUUCCAAACAAAAAUGUGCACUAAAGAACCCCAUCUAAAGAAUCUGGAGCGUCUGUGGUCGAAUGUCUCUUCACAAAUGAAAGAUUACUUUGGAGAACAAUAUUACCAGAAAUAUGCACAGGGCUUGGUUCAUAUUUUUAGCAGUGCCAGCCCAAAACUUCACCAGGUCACAGACUGCAUGGAGCAUGCCCUGACUGCUGUACAUCCCUGGACCAGAUAUGCUCCUGGUCUGGACGCCAAGCUUUAUUAUAUUCCUCUAUCUUAUGUACCUACUGUGUUAUCUGAUUAUGAGCUGUGUAGAUCAUCACCAAAACCAGCACAUUGUCUUAUGUAAUCACCUUUACUCCAUUUCUCAAAUAAAGACAGACCGCAAUACCGCAAUCAGACGUUGCAGGU